AUGGCUAAUCGGAGAUCCAAGGAGAACGAGAACACAAGCAAGACACUUCCCGUUGCUGCCGUGCUUUGUGGGAAACAGCCGCAGUUGACCGAGUUCAUGAUCAAGAAUCUUAUGCCCAAGAUCGAAGUGGUCCAUGUCUGCACCAACGUCGACGCUGCAGUCGAGGAGAUCCCGGCCCUUAUGAAAGGCAACACUACCCGACCCUCGUCAGGGAUGGGGACGAAUGCAUCCGGACGCGAGAGAUCUGAUAUUUCACUCAUCAUCAUCGGCGGAGGCUUCUCACCACAAGACAUCCAAGCUAUUAAAUCAGCUGCUGAUAGCGUGAAGCCUGUGGCAAUUUUCUGUGCGGAUACCAGCAAGACGCCGGCGGGUGCAGGACCUCCGCCUCCGGAUAUGAUCAAGAAGAGAAUGAUGGGCGGCAUCGAGAAGGAGGAGAAGGGCGAGGGACAGUGGGCUCCUGGCAUCUACAUGUACUGA